AGAAACAAGCAGGCAUCUCGUCUAGAUCUACAAUCACAGCCGCUAACCGCCCAUCCUCAUCCCCAGAGAUCGCGACUUGGCCAUGUGCAUAGGAGUCUGGGGUUCAGAAUCUAAUGUCUGGUGAAAUCCAUACAACCACAUGUAUGAAGCCACUAACGAUCCAAUAUGGAAACUUCACUGGGAAGGACAGGCAAGUCUAGUGCGUCAACAAGUUCUGAUCCAAUUGCCAUGAUGGAAUACUAUGUGAAAAAGGCAGCACAAGAAGAGCGAAGGAGACAACCUAAAAAUUCUAAAGAUGAAAUGCCUCCACCUGCAUCUCUUCAAGGUAAUGUUAAGAAGGAUAAUUUGGGGGUUGGUGCUCAACAACCUGGAGAGAUGACUCCUGAAGAUGAUAUAUACGAGCAGUAUAAGAAGCUGAUGAUGCUUGGUUACUGUCACAGACCUAAUCCUCUGGAGCUGAUCUUAGCACCUCUGUGGCAUGAUGACUAUAAUGGCUAGUGUUUGGAGUACAGUGUCAGCUGUUCUAGUGAUAUUGAUUGGAAAUAUUCGUGAAUUGUUUUGAGGU